UUCUCAGACUCUCUCCCAGUUUCUUCUUCUUCUUCCUCUCACCAGUACUCUCUCUAAAACUCCGUGUGGGUUCUGUGUUUUUGUUUCCCUGAGGUGUGUGUAGUCUUAGCUGUGUAUUUCAAGGAGUACUCGUAUACAUAGUAUCUCCUCCAUGAUAUACCUCUUUCUCAGAGUCUAUAUAAACCCCAUUGAUCCAUCUUCAAACCUCCCAACUCUUUCAAUGUCUACUUCUUUCUUUCUCUGAAGAACUUCAAUCUAUCUCAUUGAUCCUUUUGAGCUAAUCCCUCUUCUUAUUUUGCUGUUUAUCUAAACUACUGACUGUUCUGAGAGUGAAAGAAAUUGAAUUUUUUUAUCAUUUGAGUUCCAUUGAUCAGUGAUCAUUAUAUAAAAAUGGUACUACUUGAUCGAACACCAAACAAUUCAGAGGGAGAAAGUAGUACAACUAGUAACUCAUCAUCUCAGUUAUCAUAUUCAUCAUCUGAUCAACAACAACAGAGUAAAAAUGUAGCAGCUGUUAUCUCAAAUCAACAAGAAUCUAAAGAGCCUAGUAGCACUGAUGAUCAUGAGAAGCCCACGACAGGGAAAAGAGCGAGAGAUUGUGGGAAACAUCCGACAUACAGAGGAGUGAGAAUGCGCAAUUGGGGUAAAUGGGUAUCGGAAAUUAGAGAACCAAGAAAGAAAUCAAGGAUCUGGCUUGGUACAUUCCCAACACCAGAAAUGGCAGCAAGAGCUCAUGAUGUAGCGGCUUUAAGUAUUAAAGGUAACUCCGCCAUUCUUAAUUUCCCAGAACUCGCUUCUUCAUUACCUCGUCCGGCUUCUACUUCACCUCGUGAUAUCCAAGCUGCUGCUACUAAAGCUGCAACAAUGGAACCAAACUUCAAUAAUUCAGUAUCAUCAUCAUCACCGUCUCCGUCAUCAACAGCAACAUCACCUUCAUCAUCAUCGUCAUCAUCAACAUCAACGUCGUUUUCAUCUUUAUGUUCUUCUAAUAAUACUGCUACUGCUACUACAACUACAUCCAGCUCUUGUUCUGAUACUUCCAAAAACAAUAUUCCUACAACCACGACUGAAGAUGAAUUGACUCAAAUCGUCGAAUUACCUCGACUCACUUCCUAUUUCGACGAAUCACAAGAAUCGCAACAAAACGAGUACAUCUUUAUUAACGAUUCGUCCAUCGACGGUUGGUUUUAUCCUACUCCAUGGUUACAAAGUCUUAAUGAAGAUUGUUCUGGGUUCUUUCCUGAUCAUCAGCAGAAUAAUUUAUUUCUCCCACAUGAAUCUUCUUCUUCAACCUCAACUUUUGAGUCCUUGUUAUGGGAUUAUUAAUUUCAGUCAUGUUUUCUUUUUUGUGUGUUUCUUUUGCUUGUGAGUUUUUAGAGCCCUUUUUAAUUUUUCUUCUAAGGGAUUCUUAAUAGUUUAUAAAUACAGUUUCAGUCUCUUCUUCUUCUAACUUCAUUUUGAGGCUCUGGGUCAGUAGUCAGCGUGCCAAAUUUAGUGAAUCAAAAUCUCUCUAUGUACAGUUUUAAGGAUCAAAAAUAAGUUCUAUAAAUCAUGCAACAGUAGUAUUGAAGUUAUUUAA